AUGUCAUCUCCGCCGGGUAUGGAGCCACGUGAGCACGUGGACAUGGUCUACAUCUCCAUAGAGACGGCCAUCGCGCUGGCCUCUGUGCUGGGCAACGUGCUGGUGGUGCUGGUGGUAGCCCUCAACCGGGCCCUGCGGGACCCCACCUUCUGCUUCAUCGUGUCACUGGCGCUGGCCGACAUUGCCGUGGGGGCACUGGUCAUCCCACUGGCUGUGGUCAUCAGUCUCGGGCUCAGGACACAGUUCUUCACCUGCCUCUUCAUCUCCUGCCUCCUCCUCAUCAUCACCCAGAGCUCCAUCCUCUCGCUGCUGGCCAUCGCCAUAGACCGUUACCUACGGGUCAAGAUCCCCACCAGGUACAGCAUCAUUGUGACGCAGCGACGGGCAUGGGUGGCGGUGUGCGUGUGCUGGCUGCUCUCCGCUCUCACCGGUGUCGUGCCCCUGUUUGGCUGGCACAACCAGGACCCCCGCGGCAACCUCAGCACAGGUGACAUCAUAUGCCAGUUCACCACAGUCAUGCGCAUGGACUACAUGGUCUAUUUCAACUUCUUCGGCUGGGUGGUAGUGCCCCUCACCGUCAUGAUCGGCCUCUAUGCUCAGAUCUUCUAUAUCAUUCGCCGUCAGCUGAACCGCCGCGCUGAGGCCACCUGCGAUGCCAGCAAGUACUACCACAAGGAGCUGAAGCUGGCCAAGUCCCUGGCUCUGGUGGUGCUCCUGUUCGCUCUCUGCUGGCUGCCUUUACACAUCAUGAACUGCAUCCUGUUCUUCUGCCCAGAGUGCGGUGUGCCCAAGAGUGCCAUGUAUGUUGGCAUCUUCAUGUCGCACGUCAACUCCGCUGUCAACCCACUGGUCUAUGCCUUCCGGAUCAACCGCUUCCGCGCCACGCUUGUCCAGAUAUGGCAAAGGUGCAUGUUUUGCCACUCUGCUGUACCCAGCCCAUGCCCGCCCUGCCCUCCACCCCUUUCUGAGAAGACCCCGGUCCACCUGUAG